ACAAAAAUGGCAGCGUGCGUGUGCCGCGCGCUGAGGACUGCGCUGGCGGUCACGGAGAGGUCCGCGCGCACCGGACCGAACCUCACGCACGUUCACCUCUCUGUCCCGCGCAGCUUUGUCCAGUCAGCAGCAAGCCCAGCAAGGAAACAAGGAGAGAGGUCACGAGGAGAGAGGACACGAGGAGAGAGGACACGAGGGGAGAGGACACAAGAGGAGAGGAGGCAUGGAGGAGCAGUGCUGUGGUCCACUCUAGCAUUCUCUCUCUUUGGAUGGAGUGAGGAAGAUGAGCGUGAUGAGGCUCAGAAGAAAGAGGACGAGAUGAUCCUUCUACUCAAAAAGGCCAAGCUCAGUAUUCUCAGAGAUCAGUUGAGUUCUGCCUCCAGUUUCCUGCAUCAGGCCCUGGCCCUGGCUCAACAGCUCCACCAUCAGGAUGCACUGGUGUACUGCUACAGCCUGAUGGCUAACCUGUCGUACGUUCGAGGGCAGUUGGACCAGGCAGAGAAGCUUUUUAAAGCGUCCCUGAGCCUGAUGUUGUCUCGAGGGACUCCAGAAAAUGACAAUGCCGUCGUGGAGACGUCGCUCAAACUUGCCGCCAUCUAUGCCCAGCAGAACAGGUUGGCCCUGGCGGAGCACGGCUUCAGGUUUUGUGUGGAGACGCUGGAGGAAAAACUGGAGAAAGAUCAAGAGGAGACAAAGGAACCAACAGAAGAGCCCAGUGAGGAGGCGCAGACCCUCCUCCAGGACACACGCCUCCUCCUAGGUCUAGCUCUGGACUCCAGGGCUCGGUUCUGGGCACAGAUCUCAGACCUGGCCCGGGCUGAGCAAGACUACAGGAGGAGUUUGGAGAUCUGCAGCAAGGAGCAGGGCCCGGCACAUCCUCAGACUCUGGUUCUUCUCAGUGACCUAGCCUCUGUUCUGGAUCUUCGGGGGAACCGUUCCGAGGCCCUGGUUCUGGUCCAAAGAGCCGUGGAUCUGGGUCGGACCCAUGGGCACCCGGACCUCCAUGUGCUGCUGUCCAACAUGGCCGCCAUCCUUAUGCACUCGGGAGACCUGGAGGCUGCGGCGAAGUUCUACCACGAAGCCAUGACUCUGGCCAAAAGCCAAGGAGACCAAGAGACUAUAGAACACAUCCAGGAAGAACUGAAGGAGCUAAAGAGGAGGAGAGAAGAGGAGGAGAAGAAAGGGAAGGAGAGCAGAGAGGAGUAGAGAAGUAGAGGAAAGAAGAGGAGAGGGGUAGAGGGGGACAGGAUAGAGGAGGUAGGAGGAGGAGGAGUAGAGGACAGGAUGGAGGACAAGAAGGGUAGAGGAGGAGAGUAGAGGAGAGAGGUAGAAAAAGGAAGAGGGGUAGAGGAGAGGAGGGCUACUAUAAAUGUUCCUAUCAGCACUUUUCACCAGGGGCCCUCAGAGACAUUUUACUGCAUCUAUCCCUGUAUCAGAUGCCCUCCCAUCCUCAGAUAUGCCCAUGUGUCAGAUGCCCUACCUGUAUGUCAGAUGCCCUCCCUGUACCGAUCAGGUUCAAUAUUUGUGGAUUUUCUGAUGAACUUCUGACAAAACUGUUCCAUUACGGCUGUGACAAUUUUUGUGUUUACCUCAAAAUAAAACAUGACCAAGCAC